AUGUAUCUGUGGCAGGCCACUACUUCCUUUUGCCUUCUGGCAUCCGCUGCCUUACCGACUGUCGCUGCAUCCGCAUGGGGAUUUACUGAUGCCACCGUGGCAGUUCAACCAAAGGGUGCCGGCAUCAACGGUGGUUUCAAGGAACAAAUCUCUUCCUCAAAGCCCCUCGCCAACCCGCUCGCAUUCACCGGUGCCGAUACUUUGCGCAUCACCUUGACCACCCAGGAAGAUAGCUCUGCCAAACGCCCACACCAGGCUUUCCUGCUUUUGAAGGAUAGCCAGUCGGGAUUGGACAUCUCCUACCCAUUCACAGUCAAGGAGAAUGGAAAGUCCCGCGUGGAAUUGACCCAGAAGGAACUCCCCCUCCAAUUCCUCACUCUGCCCAAUCCCGUUGACGCCCGUGUGGUCAUUGGUGGCUUUGGCAGCUCCGAGGCUUAUGACCACUCCGUUUUCAAGCUGGCCAUCGAGCGCGACGUCAACAUCCCCAUCCCAACCGCCGAGGCCCCGAGAUACGGAAAGCUGCCGGAGAUUCACCACACCUUCAACAAUGACCCCACCAACCCUCCCAUUGUCAUCACUCUGGCCUUCGUCGGUGCUGUAAUUGCUGCUCUCCCCGUUCUGGCCGGUCUGUGGCUCUUCCUCGGCGUCAACCUCAACCACCUCCCCACCGCACUCAAGUCGGCUCCUCUCCCCCACGCCAUCUUCCUUGCCUCCCUGACUGGAUUCGAGGGUAUCUUCUUCCUCUACUACACUUCUUGGAACUUGUUCCAGGUUCUGCCUGCCGCGGCUGUGGUGGGUGCGGUCGCAUUUGUGAGCGGUAGCCGCGCUCUUGCCUACACCUCCCCCUCCAGCUCCAAAACCCGGCCCAGCAAAAGCCCCAGCUCCCCCCCUCCGCACCACAGGGCCAGGGUCCUCAGUACCAUUCCAAAGAAAAAGCCUCACGCACAAAAUCCACCGGUACGCCCCCCCGCAGACCUCACCCCAAACAAAGUCACUAACCAAGCAAAAGCAAUCGACCUCGACGGCCGCGACCCCGACUUCGCCGCCUCACUGCGCUCAAUCGGCCCCGUCGACCCAACACAAGGAUUCCCAACCGCAACCCGGGGCUCGAUGCAAACCGUCUUUCCCUCCGCCCCGACUGCCGCAUGGCUAGUGCACACGGCGCGGCACCGAGCCACCAAGAUCGCGGACGAGGAGUCGGCGCGCAUGAGGAUGGGUCAUCAUGGUGAUCGCUCGCUGGCGGAUGCGUUUCUUAUUCAGCAGGUGUUGCAGAUGCGUGAUGGGCAGAAGAUGCCGGCGGGUGAGAUUGAGUCUAUCAUGGGGUUGAAGGCGGGUUUUGUGGGGAGAUUGGGGGAGAAGGGCAUUGUUUCGAAAAUUGGUGUUUAG